CGCGACUUCGUCCCCCUUAGACCUCUUUAAUCCAGCCUCUACAGUCUAACAGUAGUAUCACUGUAAAAAUGGGGUAACUCCUCUCGUUAUCCCAACAUUUCCCUUCACUGCUCUGCUAGUGAUCAUAGCGUAAUGAAAAAAAUACUAUACCUGCCCAGGAGUAUGAAGAAUAAUUGUACCAAGUUUCGUUAAAAUCCGUCGAGUACUUUUUGUUUCUAUAACGAACAUACAGACAGACAAAAAUUCUACUGAUUACAUUUUUGGCAUCAGUAUCGAUCACUAAUCACCCAUUGAAUCAUUAUUUUAGACAUAUAUUUUAUGUACAGAAUUGACCUCUCUACAGAUUUAUUUUAAGUAUAGAUUAUUGUAAGUAGCAGGACAAUAAAUUAUCUUUUCAGUCUAAUUAAGACAAUAAUCUCGAGUAAAAUUUAUUUGACCAAAGUAAAUGAUAGCACAAAAUGCUCUGGGUAACUUUAAACAUUUUUUGUGCCACCACGAACUCGGUACAUUAUUUUAAAAUAAGUAACUUUUUGUCAAACAGGUAAGAUGUUUUCGCAAAAGGUGGUAUUAAUUACUGGUGCAAGUUCUGGAAUUGGCGCUGAAACUGCUUGGGAAUUUUCCAAGCAAGGCGCCAGUCUUGUUCUUACAGGAAGAAACAAACACAAUUUGGACAUUGUUUUAGAAAAGUGUGAACAGAUAUCUCCAAGCAAAUUGAGACCUAUAAAAGUUAUCGCUGACCUAAAUAAUGAGAAGGACAUAGAACACAUUAUUGAUAUUACCAUUAAACAUUUCAAAAAACUUGAUGUUCUUAUCAAUAAUGCUGGUAUUUUAGCAGAUGGUACCAUUGAAACAACAUCGUUAGAGCAAUAUGAUAAUAUUAUGAAAACUAAUAUUCGUGGACCUUAUUAUUUAACUAUGCUAGCUACGCCGUACCUGACGGAAAACAAAGGAAACAUUGUUAAUGUUUCUAGUGUUGCUGGAUUGCGAGCAUUUGAAAAUACUCUUUCUUAUUGUAUAUCAAAAGCUGCCUUGGAUCAAUUCACAAGAUGUGUGGCUUUAGAGCUAGCCCCAAAAGGCGUUCGUGUAAAUGCUGUUAAUCCUGGCGUUAUAAUGACUAAUAUACAUUUAAGAGCUGGUAUGUCACAGCUGGAGUAUACAGAGUAUUUAAAAAAAUGCAAAGUUACUCAUGCUCUAGGUAGAGUUGGUGAAGCAAAAGAAGUAUCAUCUGUUAUCACAUUUUUAGCAAGUGAUUCAGCAAGCAAUAUUACUGGAGCUACUUUACCUAUUGACGGAGGUCGUCAUGCUAUGUACCCGCAUUAAAAAAUA